ACCAACUAGAUGUUUAUGAUAUUUUAUUUUGACAAGUUUUAAAAUAUUGAAUCGCUAAAUCAGUGAUCUGGAGUCAUGUUGAACGUAAACUUUUAACUGGACCGGGAGAAUAAAUAAACCAGAAAAUGUCUGAUAACGAAGAUCACAAAGAAAAACCUCAUUUAGACAUUUACAAGUUUAGACGAAGACAUGACAGAGCUGAUUUGGCUCUAAAUAAUCCACAAAUACCGUCGAGAAUCGGGGCAGCUUCACCAAAUGUGCGCAUGGAAAUUGGUGCAGACAAACGUCAAAAAACUUACGCAAUAUUACAAGAAGCACGGUCUGAAUUUACUACAAACAGCAAGCUGCGAACCAUUCUACUGAUCUAUUCUAACCCUGCCUGGAAAAUAUUCAUACUCACAACAAUAUUCAUUGCAUACAUUCUGGAUACCUGCAUUUACACUUUUUGUAAAGCUACACAUAAACCAUAUUUGGCAAUAAUCAUUUUAUUGUGCUUCAAUUUUAUUUUUACUUUUGACGUGGUUAUCAUUGUUGGGUUGAAAUUUUUUAAGAAAUGGAGAAAAACCCUUAAUCUGGUAGAACCAGAAACAUAUAAAGUUGUGCUGAACAUAAUUUUGGCGAUUCCAUUUUCAGUACUGUACUUACUUGACACCGAUGUGAUACCGUUUAGUUUCGAUAUUUACGCGAUCGCGCCGAUUACAGCGUCCAUUCGAGUGUACAGGAUAAUCGAAUAUUUCUACAAUCGAUCUUCGCAAGCCGGCAGCAAUCAAUGGACAACGUUUUUGUCACAGUAUCUAAUACUUUUCUUCUUGUCAGUUCAUACUUGGGCAUGUGUAUGGUACCUGUUUGCAAAUAGAAGCUUCGACAUACAUAAAAUUCGUACAUCGUGGUCACUCGCUGCUAUAUACUUGCCAACUGAAGUAACAGUCGACUGGUAUUAUGUUUGCACAUAUUGGUCUGUUAUGUUUCUCACUACGAACGCUCUCGGAGAUUUGUACCCAGUGACCACUUCUGAAAGAGUGAUAGCCAUAUUAGCGACCUUACUGGGGUUCCUGCUAACAACAAUUGUAUUCGUGGGUUCUCUAACAUCGCAAUUCAUUACUAUAACAACUAGGAGAUCCAAAUAUGUACGGCAGCUUAAGAAAAUAAAGAAUCAUCUCCGGUUGAUCAAAAUGGAUUCCGACACCACAAAACGUAUCAUUAGGUAUUACGAAGACCUUUGGUAUCAAAAAUCUGGAGUAUUCAAACCAAAACUCCUAGGACUUCUUCCUUAUCCUCUACAAAUGGAAAUUUGCUACGACCUAAAUGCUGUUCCACUGUAUAGUUCUUUAAUAUUUAGGAAGCUGCCAGAGGCAUUUCUAAGGAGGCUGUCCUUAGAUAUGAGUCAUCAAUUUUAUUUACCAGGAGAUGUUGUGUACAGCCACAACCAGAACAAGACUAUUAUGGUAUGUGUUACAAGUGGCGUAUUAGAAUUAUUGUCUGAUGAAGACGACGAAAGCCCUAUGAUUUCUUUUGCAAAAGGCACUUGUUUUGGAGAAACGUCAUUAGUAUACAACAUACCAGCACGAUGCACGGUAAAAGCUGCGACGUAUGUCGAGUGCCAAGUCUUAGAAAAAACUAAGUUCAUUAAACUGAUGAUAACUUACCCAGACCUAGUUGAUUCAAUACGUUCUGAAAUACAAACGAGAAUAACAAGAGCUCGGAUGAGGAAAUUGAAACAAGGAGAUCGAAAUGAAUUUUCUUUAAACAUCUACGCUUCUAAAGAUCGAAAGAAAAGCAGUAUAAAAUGUUUGAAGGACAAAUUGAGAUACAUUCAAGGUUCAACAGAUGUCGACCCUCUAACAAAAGACGACGAUCUCGACGAACAUUGUUUAGACCUGUACAUACUGUCGGAACACAUUAAGAAAAAGAAAACCAAGUUCACUUGCAUACAACCCCAAUUUCCUUGGAUACUGGAAGCUGAUUGUCCUCUAGUUAAAUAUUGGGAACUUUACAUGCUUUGUGUUGUCUUCUACAUUUGCAUCGUCUACCCUUAUUUCAUUGGAUUUCAUCGAACAUUUCCCGAUGGAAUUUAUUUUUACGCCCAGAUAAUCAUCACCAUUUCGCUUAUUCUAAAUCUCUUUAUGACCUCUGUAACAGCCGUAAAAACUAAGAAGAAAUACUUUAAAACAUUCCGACACAUACUGAACUACAGAAUGAACACUCUUGGCUUUUACCUCGACGUUGUGGCAAUCAUGCCAUUCGAAUACAUUGUUACAAUACAUCAGACUGUUAAAUAUCACGAUAAUUACAGAGACCAUUUGUUUACUCUAUGUAAAGGUAUUAAACUUUGCCUAGUAUGGAGAUUGUCAAGUUUUUUUGAGAAAUUGGAAAGAAAAUUGCUAUUGAAUUCGCUGCUUGUAAAGAUUGUCAAAUAUUGCGUUUAUAUUUGCCUGCUGUGCUAUUGGUCCGGCGUUAUUUUAUACAUGGAAUCUUGUUUCGUAAACCGAUGUUCAGAAAACUCUUGGUUUAGCAGAGCAUUAAUUUGGGAAGACCAAAAAAGCGGUUUCCGAUCCUCAAAAACUCAAUACCCAAUAGUCACAUCCAUAUACUUCGCGACAACCAUCCUACUUUCCGUCGGGUACGGGGACUAUACGCCUGGUGAUAUCUACGACAUGGCGUUCAUAGCCUUUCUAAGCCUCUACGGAGUUCUACUCUCCGGUUAUUGUGUGUCCGAGUUCUCAGCUGUAGUAACACAUUGGUCAAGAACAAAAACUGCAUUCUUGGAAGUAAUAAUAACAAUAGACAAAUUCAUGAAAGAGAACAACAUGCAUCCAGCAAUAAAAUCUAGGAUAAUGGCAUUCUACGAAUUGCAGUGGCAAUAUAAUUCGGGCGUAGAAUUAACGGACGAUAAUUGGUUGGAAAAGACAGUAGUGCCAACUGAAUUAAGAAAAAAAGUAUUGCAUCAAGCUAGAUUCAAAGCGUUGACUUCAAUAAAAUUCUUUCAAGUGAAGAACAAGGCAUAUAUUCACACACUGACAGAAGCCGCCCGAGACAUAAUUUUACCGCCUGGUGAAAUAGUUUUCUAUGGAGGUACUGUUACGAGAGAACUGUAUAUAAUCGAGAGUGGAUAUUGUUUGGUGACGUCCAAUGAAAUGAGGGAGAUGAAAAGCGAGAGGGUGAUAGGCCCUGGAAACCAUAUUGGAUUACUGGUGCUGCUUUAUGGUGUACCCACACUCAGCACUGUUAUUACGUUAACACAUUGCAAGCUGGUUAGCGUAAGCCACUACGCAUACACGUCGGCACUGAGCCUGUUUCCAGACAUGAAAGAACAUGAAGGCUUAAUGAAACCUGAAGAACUUCAGAAAAUAGAGAUUCAAGCUAAAUCGCAGAGCACCGACUCUUAUUUGCAACAUUACAAUCGGCUGACGGAGAAGAAACAGAAAGUCAGGAUUACAAGUCUUCUCCAAGAGUUUUUCAAUAAUUCUUUCAUUGACCUCUCUUUGGAAUACAAGAAAAACAAGGAAAGCUACUGGAAAUCUUUUAAACAAUUUCAAAUUCUGAACAAUGUUGCGCCGUAUUUAUUGAUGCCCAUAGCCAUCAGACCAGACGGGAUAUUCUUAAAAACGUGGGCGAUCAUUCGCAUAAUCACUGCAUUUUUAUUAUGUUUACUCAUACCUGUGGUUGUUUCUAUGGCUCCAUUGUUCGGAACAUUUAAUAUUACAUUGAUAAUUUUGGAGACCAUCUGCUAUAUUGACAUGUAUUUGAUGCUUCACGUGGCUUAUUACGGGUCGCAAAACCAAUUGAUAUAUCAUCCUUAUAUGACUGCAAAACAUUACCUUCAAGGACAAUUCGUAGUAGACAUUCUAAUAUGCUGCCCUUGGUACGCAAUAUGGAAGCUUUUCGUUCCCAAACACAAUGAGGAUCACACAGAGGAGGACCACGAAGUGAAUCACCACAUGUUCCACUGCGCAUUAAGAAUGAUUAACGUUUUACAAGUAAUCAAAUUGUACGCAGCGUCGUGGGCGGAAUCUAUCGGCGCUUUAAGACGGGCAUACUUCAUGAGUGUGAUUCACUUUCUUCUUCUAACGUUAUUCUUUUUAAAUCUGUAUACUUCACUGCUGAUCACUCUAUCCUGUCGAUACGUAAAGGCAGAUGAUCCUGAAGAUUUUGAAUAUCAAAUGUUAAAACUUGCCCAGAAAAUGAAAUACAUAAAAACGAAUUUUCAUCCGGACGGCAACAUGGUUUGUAAGGAAGGAUCUUGGAUAGAUGGGAUUAUAAUUAUCAAGGGAGAUUACAUGUCACCGACGAAAGUGUUUCUACUGGCUUACUAUUGGGCAGCGACCAGUUUCGGAGGGGCCGGAUUCGGCGAUAUCACUCCACAGAAUAUAGUUCACAUGAUAAUGUGUAUUUGUGUUAACAUUCAUGGAGUUCUAUUUUUCGGGUAUGUAUAUUCAAGAAUAGCAUCACUUAAAGCAAUGGCUGAUCAAGUAGUGACCAAGUUCCAAGAGGAUCUGAAACAUUUAGAAAUGUUUCUGAACAGAGAGAAAGUCCCUUUUGCACUGAAGAAGACGGUUAUUGAGUAUUGGAAAUACCAAUGGAAGAGAACUGGUGGGUGGUCGCAUCAAUCUAUUCUGGGGAAACUACAUGCAAACUUAAACGAAGACGCAGUAUUAUAUAUGUACGAGAAAACGUUAAGAGAAAUACCCUUGUUCGAGGAUGUUGAGUAUUCUUUCUUCAGAGCAUUUGCAAAGAAACUUAAGGAACUGUAUUUCCAAAAAGGAUACAUGGUGAUGAGGGCAAAUGAAGUGAUAGAUACAAUGUAUAUUAUUUACAGAGGAAAGGUGGAUAUAAUGUCUAAUGUGAACGAAGUGGAAGCUUGCAUGGGACCUGGAGGUAUAUUUGGUAACAUACGAGGAGCAACGAAGUAUUUAACCAUGUCCAAUGUUACCGCUUCAAGGAAUAUAGAUUUACUCUGUAUUCAGGGUCGCGACUUUUAUACGCUUUUAAAGAGCUAUCCGUCAGUCUUAAGGAAAGUAAAACUGUCAGUGGAAUCUGCACCUAAAGAUUAUGUUUUACCGACUCUUGUUUCUGAGAGAAAUAGUACCGAGCAAAUGUUCAACUUUCCAUUAUCUUACGAGACCGGAGAAGAGGAGGAAGAAGACAGUGAGAUGGAUCCGAAUGUAUACUUAGAGAGUCCAGAGAAAAGUAUCGCGGAAUCUCAUGGGUCAAAAUCUAUUACUUCCAUGGGCAAUGUGGAUUAUACUCCAGCUUUACUACUGAUAUUUAAACCUCACAGAUGGUUUCGUAGCAGCAUUAUUCCUGACAGCAAACUAGUUACAUUUAUGGAAUAUCUUAUUCUCUGCAUAUCUUACAUGGAUUUUAUGUUACUAGUGUAUCAAAUGGCUUUUCUUUCCGUGCCUUACUUCUUCCACGUCUGCGUCAUAUUCGAUAUUUUAUUUGUAUUUAAAGCGUUCUUAGAUUUUCAUAGUGGGUAUAUGAAUAGAUAUGGAGAUUACGUUUUGAAUCCACAUAAAGUGAGAAAAAUGUACUUUUCAAAAGUGUAUCUUCGCCGACGUGACUUUCUAGCAAACUUCCUCAUAUGCUACGUCGUUUUUGCACUGUCUUUAUCCAGAUCAAUGAAAAUGGCCCUGUUUUGUUAUGCGCGGUCACCGCAACUUUUCAGAAUUUCCUAUUUGUUUACUUACAGAACGCAUAGGAAAUCGAGUAUUGGUUCGGCGAAUUUAUUAUUUAAACUGACAACAAUUGCUAUAUGGGCGUCGAUAUUAUCGCACGUGAAUGCUUGCAUAUUCUUUAAGCUAUCGUGCCUAACCCCUGUCCACUGUACUUCUGCUAACUGGAUGUCAAAAGAGGCUCUCAAUUUACGAGCAAAAUACUCGGAGGGUAACUUCUUUGCCCUGUACGUGGCAGCUCUAUGGUAUAUGAUUAACUUACUAACUAUAACUGGCACCGGAGAUGUAUCCUCGCAAAACAGUUUCGAAGUAAUCGAGACUAUUAUUGUAAUAAUAGUUAUUAAGUUUUGCACAGGUCUUCUCAUAUCGGAAAUGUCGGCUAUGAUCACUGCUCACUCUUCUUCUCGCAUAGCAUACGACUACGAUAUCAAUGAAUUGAGGGACGGUCUCCGCGAUAUGGACUUAAGUGUACAUCAAAUGAGUAAAAUGUGGGACUAUGUACGUGAAUUGUGGAAUAGACAGCAAGGGAAACAGAUGCCGUCACUUGUCUACAAGCUGCCGUUUAGACUUCGUUGUCAAGUAAUGCAAGCGGUAUACGGCUCUCACAUCAGGGAAUCCGUUAUAUUCAGUAAAACAGAUGACGACUUCAGACGAAUGUUGGCUAUGUGGAUGAAACACUGUGUGUUCUUCCCUGGGAACUAUAUAGUGCAGUGCGGCGACUCUGAUCAAUGUAUUUAUUUUAUACAUAGAGGGCAGGUUGAAGUGUUGACUGUGCAUCCAAACUUGACGGAAUCUAUAUACGACGUAUUAGGACCUGAAGAUAGCUUUGGCAUUGCUCAGGGUUUAUUUGUUGGAGUCGCUCACCAUUUUUCGUUCCGUGCACGGACUGUGGUCGAUAUCGUCUAUCUGAAGUUAGACCAAUGGAAGUAUUUACUGGACUACUACCCGAGAUCAGCGAAAAUCGUCCAGAGGAAAGUUGAAAAUGUAUAUUUAGCUAUAUAAUAUUAUUUUCCCGGUAGUUUUAGUUAAUUUUAAUGGUAUUCGUUAAUUAGAAUAGUAAAGU